AUGUUGGCCCCGUUGACUUUUGUUGCUUUGGCAAUUAUCGGCAGUGUUUCUGCACAGACUGCUGCUGGCUACCAGCAGUGCGGAGGAGUCAACUUCUCCGGCCCCACCGCCUGCGUGAGCGGAUACCACUGCGAGAAGCUCAACGACUACUACUCCCAGUGCCUCCCCGGCAGCGCCUCAGGCACCACCUCCGCGGCCACCAGCUCGUCCACCACCACCACAAAGGCCUCCACCACCACCACCGGCACCCCGACCACCAUCACCACCUCCGCCGGCACCAGCGUCAUUGCCAGCGCCACCGGAACAGGCCCCGGCGCCACCCUCCUGCCAAACUACUACUGGAUCCGCGCCGUUGUGGACCCAAACUUUCACAAGUACUUGCAAUCCUCCACCCUUCGUACUGCAUCUGAUGCCGUCCUCGAGGACGCCUCCACCGCCGGCCAGUUCAACAUCGUCAACGGCCAGCUCGUGCAGCUCAUCGACACCGCCGGCACCCUCCUGUACGCGCACGUCACGCCGCAGACCGACACCUCCGUCACCAAGCUCCUCGUCACGUGGGGGACCGCGCCGGACACGUAUGGCACGUGGGCGUUCUCAGGCGAUACGACGACGUGGUCAACGCCGGGAAUCACCAGGCAGAAUAAUGCCGCGUUUCUGGUGUGUGAGGAGCAGAGGGUGUAUAUCAACUUGGGCGCGUAUGCGUAUAUGACGCCGGCGGGGUGCGCGGAUCAGACGAUUCAUUAUUAUAAUGGCUCGACGGCGAAUGUUUAG